AUGAGUUCUGAUGAUCAGUUUACGUCCAUCCAGUGGGAUAGAGAUGAAUUAGGGCCUAAUAAAGAGACGAAAGUUAAUAAACAAGAGACAAUUACUGAAGAUGAUGAGCAUCAUAAUAAUGAUAAUGAAGAUAAGGAUAACGACACAACCAAGCUGAAUGAGCCCGAAAACAUACAGGAAGACGAUGAGACUAAGGAUGAUAACGAGCCUACUGAUUCGUUGAUUCUUUCCAAGACAGGGGACGAAAAUAUAAGCAAUAUUGAAUCGCAGAACGAAGGUGAUCAUAUUGUGGGUGAACCUGAUGUUAAUCAGGAACCAAGUUCUGAUAGUCAGACCGAAGCAUAUGAAAUCAACGUAGUAGUCACGUCGCCAUUAAGGGAUUUAGAUAGUUCUUCGAAGCCGUACAUUUCGUACUUAUUAACGACUGCCACUAAUCAUCCAUCCGUGAUGAAACUUUCGACCGUGAAGAAAGAGCAGGGGAAAGAGGUUGUCGAAAUUACGGCCAGGAGGAGAUAUGGCGACUUCAGGUUCCUCUUUGACUGCUUGAGCAACGAUCAUCCGGAAGUAAUGAUGCCACCGUUGCCGUCGAAGCUGAAUUUUAAAUAUUUGACGGGGGACACAUUCAGCACGGAGUUCGUUCACAAGAGAUUGCACUCGUUGGAUAGAUUUGUCCGUUUCAUCACCUGCCAUAAGGUGUUGUCCCAGCUGUCGAUUUUCCAUUUGUUUGUCAGCGAUUCGGCGGACUGGUCGACAUUUCAAAAGAAUUUGAAGAUUAGUAAAGUUGGCGUACAGGAAUCAGAUGCCGACAAAGGUAACUCUUCGAUGACAUCGAACGUGGUGAACAAAGUGGUUAAUGAGGAUCUCUUGACCGAAACGAUCAUGAAUUUUUUAACACCCUCGAAACAUAAAAGAGAGACCAAUAAAGAAAUUCUUGAGAUCAGUGAUAAAUUGAAAAAGCUUUACGAAAAUCUAAUUAAGUUGGAUAAAAUAUUCACAAAGUUAAAUAAGAAGAACCAUGAUUUAAGUGUUGAUUACGAACAGUUUCUGCAGCAAAUUAUGAAACUAUCAGUAAUCCAGAAUUCUCUGGACGAAACAAAUGAGCCUACCACCCCCGAGAUCAACGAACAGAAACAAUUUGCGACAAAUUUCAAAGUGUUUGCUUCGUCUCUUUCCUAUUUCCUGGAUAAUUGGUCCAACUUGCAUAAAUACAUAGACGAAUCGUUCUUAGUAUCCUUGAAGGAUUGCGCCAAGUAUAUCAUAAGUUUAACCAAUCUCAUCGAGUUGCAGCACAAUAAGAAAAUAGAUCUUCAGGUAUUGCAAGACUACCUUAAUAAGGCCAAGAGCGAAUUGCAAGGCUUAGGUGGGUCUCAUAAUGCGCCUCCCAACCCAAUUAUAACCCACAACAACGGAGGAAUAGUCAAUAACACAACCCAACUCAUCAGAGACACAUUAUCAACGUCGGCCACUCCAAACAUCGGUUCGUCCGUCACCGAGAGCAAGGUCACCAAAUUGCAAAACAGAAUAACCGAGUUGGAAAACGAAAUCUCGGUGCAGUCACAGUUGGUCCUCGACUUGACAAACAAGAUAAUAAACGAGGAGUAUCCAAACUGGGAUAAGUUUAACAAGAUCGAGUUGAAGGAAUCGUUGCUCGGCCUAUGUAACGAGGAAAUUAGUUUCUACAAGGGUCUAGUCGACAAUUGGAGUGACAUCGAAUUGAAAUUACUCAAACGGUUAGACGAGUUGAAAUAG